AAAGGCCAAAGUAGCCAAGGAACACAGAAACGUGGACUCAGCUGCCCUCUCCGUACUGAGCUCUAUGGAAAGAAGUGAUAAUACUCAUUAGAAUAAUAGGAUGGCAAUGUAGGUCACCGGUCCGCCGGAAAAUGGCAAAGUAUCACCGGAACAACGUCGGAUCUCUAGUUCUCGACCAUCACGAUCCUGCCAGGAAUACAACAGUCAGCGCUAACCACCGCAUAUGGAACGCCUUGUCCGCUUCAACAAUACGUCGUAUCAUUUUUGACGCUGUCAGCUGCGGUGGUGGCUCUCGGCAUCACCGCCACCACCGUAAUGACUUUGCCUCCACUCCCUCGCCGAUUUCAUCAGACUCCGGGAACUUUAAGGACAAGUCGCAAGAACAGGGUGCUUCCAAGUCUCAGCGGAAACCAAAUGCAAAGUCGGAGAAACUAUCGGAUCUUCUGAAUAUAGCGGAGCCUGAAAUUGACGCCGAAACGGGGAAGAAAGAAGAGGCAUUGCAGGAGCUGAAGAGAAUUGUGAAGGAGUUACAGGUCGAGGAUUUGACAAAGCGGCAAAUGGCUGCGGCUAGUGUGAGAUUGCUCGCAAAGGAAGACUUGGAAGUCAGAGGGACACUUGCAAUGCUUGGAGCGAUUCCUCCUCUGGUUAGAAUGCUUGAUUUGGAAGACGUCAAUUCUCAGAUCUCUUCGCUCUAUGCGUUACUCAAUCUUGGAAUCGGCAACGACGCAAAUAAAGCAGCCAUUGUAAAAGUCGGUGCUAUUCAUAAAAUGCUAAAGCUCAUUGAAUCACCAGCUGAUCCAGAUUCAUUCGUUUCUGAAGCGGUUGUUGCAAAUUUCCUUGGCUUGAGUGCUUUGGAUUCGAAUAAACCAAUAAUUGGAUCGUCGGGUGCGAUUCCUUUCCUGCUUAGAACCCUGGAAAAUUCACACAAAAAAAGUAGCCCCCAGGCUAAGCAAGAUGCUCUCCGAGCACUUUACAAUCUGUCAAUCUUCCCUGCCAACAUCUCAUUCAUAUUGGAAACAGACUCGGUUCCGUUUCUGAUAAACGCAAUAGGAGACAUGGAAGUAAGUGAAAGAAUUCUCUCAAUCCUAAGCAAUUUGGUAUCGACCCCUGAGGGUAGAAAAGCUAUAAGUGCUGUGCGCGGUGCAUUCCCCAUUCUGGUUGAUGUAUUGAAUUGGACAGAUUCGCCUGGAUGCCAGGAAAAAGCAUCUUAUAUUUUGAUGAUUAUGGCACACAAAGCCUAUAGUGACAGGCAGGCCAUGAUUGAGGCUGGGGUUGUCUCAUCAUUGCUUGAGUUGAUGCUUCUGGGCACUGCGUUGGCACAGAAAAGGGCCUCGAGAAUACUGGAACGCUUGAGAAUAGACAAAGGGAAGCAGGUAUCUGGGAGUUCCGGCGGAAACUUUAGUUCAACUGUAUCUGCUCCCAUUUGUGGCUCUUCGUCGUCUUGUACUAAGCCAGGUGAAAGUGGAAAGGAGUGUUUGGAAGAGGAGGAAGAUAUGAUGAGUGACGAGAAGAAGGCAGUGAAGCAAUUAGUCCAGCAGAGUUUGCAAAACAACAUGAGGAAAAUUGUGAAGAGGGCCAAUUUGCCCCAAGAUUUUGUUCCAUCGGAGCAUUUUAAGGCCCUCACUUCAGGAUCGACUUCAAAAAGCCUGCCAUUUUGAAGAAAUUGCUGCUGCUGAAGGCGAAGUUGAGAUUGAAGAGAAUGAAUCACGAAACACAGAUCUGAAUGAAGUGGUUGGAUGAGAAUCGAUCUGGCUGUAUGGAGAGAUGAGCUGUUCCUCGCAAAUAAAAUUCAAUGGCAUUUUGUCCCCACUAUGUAGAUAUUUACAUAUAUCAUGCUUGUUGUGGGGUACAGUCAGUUGUAAUGUUAUCUUCUUUGUGGUGCUUUUAAUUUUGCCGACCUUUUUUAAUGUAUAUAUUCCCAUGUUAAUGUCAUGUUAGAUUCUUAAAGCUCUUGUUGCUCUUGGAUCAUAUGCCAUUCGUACUAUUUACUUUCUCUGAAGAA